UGGUAUGCUGUUAUACCUACCGUGUUUCGAAGAUUUCGCUUUCUAGAAACCCAGGCGAGCCCAGGGUGAAGCCCCUAUGUUUAUCGUGCAUACAUCCCCACAUGGUCGUCAAUAUGACGGAUCCAGCCGAUACCGACUUUUUUUUCUUUCUUUCGGCGCUGCUUUGUUUACCAUGUAGGUAGUGUUGAGCUUCAUCCCGGCCGCCUCAACGCUCUUAUCGCUGCUCUGUUAUGUCUAUGGAUUCCACUAUCUUUCUCAGUCCGGAAUUAACGCCGUCGGACCGGCUCAUUUUGGAGAACUUGGCCCACGACAUCCGAGCCCAUCACCAGUCUCCUAAUGGAGCCGUGAACGCCGCUGUCAAGACCACCGGUUUACCCGGAAGCCAGCCGUCAAAGCCAGAGCAUGGAGCGGCCAAUGGAGGAGUCCUCGGUCGUGAGACAUGUAAACUGUCUGAAGACCGAGACAGUCGCGAUGUAGCUACACUCACCGGUCUAAACGACCCAGUAAGCCAGGACUUUGAACCGACUGUCUUUUCAUCAUGGGAUAUGAGGGAUCUGAAAACGCGCUUACCUCCUAGGGUGUAUCAAGACAUACUGCUACCUUACGUAUCAUGGGCUCAGACGGUAGCAAGAUACAAGACAGACGUGGUAAUGGUCACGCAUCUGAUUAUGUACUUCACCACGUCCCUCCCUAGCGCUAUAUGGUUAUUCUACCGCUUCUCCUACCUGCAUGGCAUCGCCCAUGUGCUCUUGCAGGGAUGGUAUAUAGGUGCAUAUACGCUCCUGCGGCAUCAACAUAUACAUCAGAGAGGCGUCCUUGUCAAGCGUUCUUGGAUGCAGCUCUUUGACCAUGCAUUUCCCUAUGUCAUGGAUCCCCUGAUGGGCCACACGUGGAACAGCUACUUCUACCACCACGUCAAGCACCACCACGUUGAGGGGAAUGGCCCUGACGACCUCUCCUCCACCGUCCGCUAUCAGCGAGACAACAUUUGGCAUUUCGCUCAUUACGUCGGCCGAUUUUAUUUCUUUGUCUGGUUAGACCUGCCUCUUUACUUCGUGAGAAAGGGUAGGUGGACAACAGGUCUUCGCGCAGCUUUCUGGGAACUGCUCAACUACACGGCUAUCGUGCUUCUUCUUCGACAUAACUUCAAGGCGAGCCUCUUCACCCUUCUCAUCCCGUUGCUCGUCAUGCGUCUUGGUCUCAUGGUGGGGAAUUGGGGUCAACACGCAUUCGUGGAUGCCGACGAGCCUGACUCCGACUACCGCUCUAGCAUCACACUGAUAGAUGUACCCAGCAAUCGGUACUGUUAUAAUGACGGUUAUCAUACGUCGCAUCAUCUCAACCCUCUACGGCACUGGCGGGAUCACCCAGUUCACUUCCUCCAGAGCAAGGAAAUCUACGGUUGCGAGCAUGCGCUUGUCUUUCACAAUAUUGAUUACCUUAUGAUCACUGUUCGUCUCAUGAUGCGUGAUUAUGAACAUCUCGCCCAAUGCCUCGUGCCUAUCGGUGACCAGAUCGAUAUGACGAUAGAGCAGCGUGUCGCUAUGCUCAAACGUCACACGCGGAGAUUCAGCGAAGAGGAGAUCCGACAGAAAUUCGGUGUAGCAAAGGGCCAGUGACCGAAACUAGAUGCGGCAAUGCAGUUGGAUAUUGAGUCUAGCACCAUCAUGUACUAACAAAGGUGCGGUAUUGAGGUGUCACUCUAUCUAACUACAUAAAUCAUACUAUCUUCACUGAUAGAGUAAUUACUAGAUGAUUAGAGAAAAAAGCCAGGAUAGAUAACCUAGUGAUAGACUUAAAUUUCAAUAUCAAGAGCUGAGAGUCCUCUUACCAGCACCAAUAGGACGAACUCGUGUUUUCUCACA